CUUUUUUUUUCUGUUUCGUCGUUACUCUUUGCAGCUUCGCUCCUUUCGUUGAUUCGGUUUCCGCACCUGACCAACCAGUGUUCUGAUAUGUGAUGCAGUGGGCCAGCUUGCUCUGUGUUGCUAACUUGCUGCUGUCCACUUAAUUCCUUGUGUUGCCCAAGAGCUGAGUGUAAGCCGCGAGGAUAUUAAGUCUUGUCGCCACAUACCAGCCGUUAUCAACUCCCAAAAAGUGUCAAACCUACACGACAAGGACCUACCCAGGUACUCGCCCGCCCCCCGUCCCGUCCUCAACUAGCAACAGGCUGCUCAAGCCUGCGCAGGAGUACAAACACCCAAGUAGUGGCCCACUCCCCCGCAGUCAUCAGAGAGAGCUCGAGCGGCGAAGCACCUAGUAAGCACUACACCAACUGUACUGCCUGCUUGGGUCCAAACUCCGAUUGCAGGACUCCGGCGCAACGGCUCGAUUGCCUAAGACAUCCCCCCUCGUCGAAUCCCCGACCAGAUAUUCACCGAUAGCAAUUUCGCAACCUAGUCGACCACUAGGGGGUUCAGAAGGAGGAAGAAGGAGCCGCAUUGUUGGCCAUGAGGAAGGCUCAACGGUGAAACGUGGUAAAAGAAGGGCGAAACCAGGCGUUCCCCGGGAUUAUCCAAGCAGGCGCAACACCAAGAGUGGAAGAUAUACGGACUCAGUAGUGCGUUUCGGUUACACUUGGCUUGUUACCAGAUGGCUUGGGAGGGACCCCGAUAACUCAUACAUAUACCACCAUUACCAACCCGAUCAUUCCGACUUCUCGACAGCGCUGACAACACUUCGCUUUCCGGGCUUUCGCAAACCAAAGGUGUUGUAAAUCAAGGCGGCGCAGACGAGAUGCCGAGCAUAUGGAAGUCGGGCUCAAACGCCGGCCGGGUCAAGGCUGGCAGCAAGUCCAUCCGAGGGACCAUAUCGGGACCGAUACCAAUACCAAACGCCCUAGACGACGACAACGAAUUUCCCAUUCGAUCUUUGGGCACAAUCAGGUCCACAAAUGCCGAAGACGAGCUCUUUGAUAGUCGGCAUCAUGGUGAGAGUGGUAGCGACAGCGACAGAGAGAGAAGCCCGGGUUCGAGGCAGGGCAUCAUCUCGGCAACUGCCGAGGUUUCAGGGGCGAGUACGGGUGGGAAUGAGGUUACUGAAGUAAUCUCCCAAAGACCAAAAGCGCCAUCAGACCCUCCGCCACUGCUGCCACCUCAUUCUGCCGGUGCUACAUCGUCAUCAACAGAAAGACAACGGACGCCGCAGAGAAUCUCUCCGCCGCAAACGUCAUCGCCAUUGAGAACGACGCCGGUGAGGGUUAGGACGACACCGACAAUGGGACGGAUCACGAACCCCCCUCAGAGCACGGUUUUGCGAUAUUCGACCAUUAGCGAUACCCCGAGUGGGCAGACCAACAACAGCAAGGGGCAACCGCACAGGAAGCAGUCCACGCUGCGCUCGGCACUGGGCAAAUUAUUUGGACGAGGAAAGAAGAAGAAUGGGUUGGCGGCUGGAGAGCAGAGAAACCUCCCCAAUUCCGGGCGCGAGUCUGUUCUUUUGGAGUCUUCUCAGCAUAAGAGUGACCCAAGUGCGCUUCAUCGGAUGACGGAAACGUCCCCCAAGCGAUCUGCCUCGCUUCCCCUCAGUGAGCUUGACAGGCCACUGCGUUCGCAUUCCAUCGGGCCAGACGACAUCCGGGCUAUCGAAAGCGCUCGGAAUUCGCUCCAGGCUGAUAUUGGCGGGAACCCCGGAUCUAUUGCAAGGCGGCGCGCAGCAGCAGCAAAUGCAAAUGAGCGCCGGUUCCUGUAUGUGCCGCGCUUUCCUGAAGCCGAAGCAGGUGCCGGCCUCUCGCCACGACCUGCCAGUAGCCACGGGCGUGGAAGUCGAUUGUUUGCUGGAGCUCCACGCGGGGAACAUGAUGACCCAAGUGAAAUCGGGCGCGCCAUCACCAGCGAUAGUGGUAGCCAUGGCAUGCGACGCCGAUCACGGAGCCUUUCUGGAUUGCCGGACAUCUUGGUUGCGGGAAUUGGGCGGGCGCCGGAGCGCCGCCGCAGCGACGAAAUCCGAUACUGGCGUGAGUCCUACAAUGCGGGAUUCCACUCGCCAUUAUCAUCGGAUGCGCACGUCAAUGCCGAUAUUGACAACGACGGUGUAGCAGAUCUCAGCGUUCCCACAAGUCCCGCAGUCGAAAAACCCCCGGAUACGCCCCCGCAGCCGUUCAACUUUGGAUCCAUCUCGAAGCAGAUGGUGGGAAUGAAGAUCACUCAAGUGGCAAGCAUCGACACCCGUCUCGGAACCCUCGAGACGCGAACCGGAAAGUUGGAGCGGGUGGUCGACCAGCUCUGUCACGUAGUUCCCGGGUUCAGGGGCCCGCUCAGCGAUAUCUCGGCGGUUGGAGGAGGGAGGGGAACCGGAGGACCGGGAACCAUCAGAACUGUCUCUGAUGGCCGGCCUUCGUUCACAUACACGGCUGCCUCGCCGCCGCCCCCUCCCAUUUCCCCCGUUCCACCACGUCAAGGACAGCAACCAGCUCAUUCCCAGUCCGACAUCAGCCGCUCUCCACGCGCCAGCAGCGAGCGACAGUCGAUGGAUUCAGACACACGCUCGCAGAUCUCGUUUGGCGAAGCUCAGACCUUCAAUGGCUUUCUCCAUCUGCCCUCUUCGUCAGUCACCCAGGCACACUCUUUAACCACCGCUACCACGCCCACCACGGCAGCGACUCUCAUCACCCCAUCUCACCCGGAGCACCCCACUGACACAGACGGGGACCGACCAACUUCCAACUCCACCAUCCGCGGCGUUGCCAGCAUGCCUUCGAUGCACGAACACACCGCGACGGCCUCUAUCAGUGAAUACUCAUCCACCAAUGCCCACGAUCCGACCUACUACAACCAGUAUCACACCCUCCUCGGCCAGCUAGAAGCGGAGCGGCAGGCCCGCCAGGCGCUCGAGGGGCAGGUGAAGAAACUGUCAGACCGCUUGAAUGCAUUAUCGAGUACCAUGUAUGCUUUGGUGAGGGAUAGCGGGUCUUGGGGGGCACCUGAUCCGUCCAGUCCCAGAUCAGCUCUAGGUGGUGGUGGAGGAGGAGGAGGAGGAGGAGGUAGAGGCAGAGGGUAUCCACCGUCACACAUCCCGAGUGUUUUCGACUAUGAUAAUGACGAUGACGAUCACCAUCCUCGGCAAGGAGACGACGAGGAUGAGGAGGACGAUAUCGACGAUAAUGUUGGUCCUGUUAGACAUGGACAUCACAGUGUUGGAGUUGUGUCCAAGGCAAAGCUGGCUUUGAUCGCGAAACCUACCUCUAGAGGUAGCGGCGGCGGCGGUCGUGGUCAGGAAGACACCGAGGCAGGAGAUUUUCAGACGCCGAGAGAAGAGUUUCAUACGCCGAUGACGCCGACGUCUCUUUAUACCUAUGGAGCUUUCAGUCCUGAUCAUGAGCUUGAGAGCGUUGGCGACGAGACAGAGUCUGGCGGGGAUUCCUCCGAUACCAGGGCGGAGAAGAAGCAGAAGAAGGCAGCUCGGACGUUGAGUUUGAGUCAAUUGACGAUGGGUAAGAGGAUCUGAGAGAGCGGGUGUAACGAAGAUGGGGGAGUUCACCAGCAGCAAGACCGUCUCCUGCCUCGUUAACUCCCUUGACGUCACGUACGUUACACCUUCGCGACAUCGCCGUCUUGGGAUAAUCCUCAGUCACGGAACUCAAACAGACGACUCACUCGGCUCGGGCAUCACGAAUGGAUCCGGUCAGUCAGUCAGUUAGUCAGUCAGCCAUUGAGGGAGUCGCUACGCGGACUUUUUGGACAGACAACAAACAAAAUACAAACACACACAUGACUGAGGAACGAGACGAAACCGUGUCACCUACCUACCUACCUACCUACCUACCUACUCACCUCACCCUCUACACCUACCUACCUCAACCUGCCGAUGCACACCUUUCAAGCUUGAAGAACCCCUUUUACCUAUCCCAGGGCUAUAAUACGAAUUCGGUCUUAGGUUUCACCCCAGUGACGACCAGGUCGCCUUGUUUUUAUCAACAGCAGCAACAUUCAUCUUGCUUGCGGCGCAUCCAGCAUGCGCACGCAAAUAUGAACUUCUACGUUUAUACCUACCUACCUCUCUUCAAUAUUUCUCAACCCCAUACUCUCUAUUUGUGCUCGAACUCUUUUAAAUCUCC